CUCUCUCUCUCUCUUCCUCUGACUCUCUCCCUUCAUUUCCUUUCCCCACCACCUGUUCGAUGAAAUGGGGCAGCCACGGAAAAAGCUGCUUCUUGCUUUUCAUACCCGAUGUCCCUUGUGACGAGAUGAUAAUUUGAUGCCGCGCUUCUCCUCUCCGGUGACCAAGAGAGCGUGCUCUUGUUCGAUUUUGGUUUUUGAGUGAGCUCUUGUUCCAAAAAAAUCGGAUGGUGCGUCGGCGGAUAAACUGCCUCCUCGACAAGGAGGUGUAACUUAGUCUGCAAUUUCAGUUUCGUGUUGUCCGGGGAAGGAAAGGCUGUCGUGCUGGUAACCUCAAGAGAAAAGAGAGAGUAAGCUGGCUUUGAGAAGAAUAUGGCAUCUCUUACUCCGGGGAUACUGUUAAAGGUUCUCAAAAAUAUAAACUCUGAUGUGAAAGUAUGUGGAGAAUACCGGUCCAUUCUUUUGCAAGUUAUUAGCAUAGUUCCUGCAAUUACUGGUUCAGAACUUUGGCCAGACCAUGGUUUCUUCAUAAAAGUUUCAGAUUCAUCGCAUUCAACGUAUGUUUCUUUAUCAAAGGAAGACAAUGAACUCAUCUUAUCAAAUAAACUACAACUUGGACAGUUUAUAUAUGUUGAAAAGGUUCAAUCUAGUGUUCCUGUUCCGAUUCUUGUUGGUGUCCGAGCAGUUCCAGGAAGGAAUCCUUUCAUUGGCAAUCCAAAGGAUUUGAUGCAAAUGUCAACUCCCUCUGGGGUUUUGGAAGCUCUGGAUCAACAACGAAGGACUACCAAGCCAGCUGAGUUGUCUGAGAGUGAAAAGGAAAACUCUCAGAGGAAGGUAGUCAUCAAAGAGCAGAAGGCCGGCGUUGCUUCCCGUUAUAUGCUUGGGAUAUCAAGCAACAAUGGAAAAAUUACCAAUCUAAACUCUAGCGUUGAUAGUGACAAAAGCAAUGGAGGAAGUAGCGUAUGUGAUUUAAACCAUAAGUUGGUUUCUGGUGCCACAAAAGUCAAACAAGAGCCGAAAUCACAGGAACAACCAAAUAUUACCUCUCCCAAUCAUGCUAAGCUAAUUUCUGCAAAGCAAGAAGUUAAUAAGGACACUCACAAGAAUAAUGGCAGGCCACCUAGUCAGAAUGGUUCUGCUGUAGUGAAGAAGCAAAUGCCAAAAGACAGCAAAAAGGAAUCGGCAACUGAAAGAAGCUCACCUCCAAAGUUGUAUAAGAGUUCACCACCAACACCAGCGAGAACUUCGCCAUCGAAGGUCAGGAUGGCUGCAAAGCCGAAUGGUACCUCCAAUUCAGCUGCUUCUGUGCCUACUGUUAAAAGAAGAGUUACAGAAAAUAUCUCUUGGGAUUCCCUCCCGACAAGCCUAAUCAAAUCGGGAAAGGCUGUUGUCAGGAGGAAGACUAUUGCUCUGAUAGUUGCAGCAGAGGCGCAAAGGGAGGCUACUGCAGCUGCAUCUCUUGUUAAAGGCCUUGGAAUUUUUGCCGAGAUAAGGCAGUCCACUGAGGAGGAUCUGCACGGUACAGUCAACAAAUUUUUCCAGCUAAAUCGGCUAAUCAUUCAGCAAAACAUUUUUUGGAAAGAUAACUCACAAGAAUCUGGCAAAGAAUCCCGACCAGAGAAGGAAAAGCCAUCAAGGAAAGUUUCUGCGUCUCAGAAUAAAGCUGCUGGAUCUACAGCAAAGAACCCCGACGAUGCUUACACCAGUGGAAAGCUUGAAUGGGCCAGAGAGGAUGGUUUCCAGGAGAUCCGCAAGUCAUGGGUUACUCUAAAAAAGGAGUCACAGUCUUGGUUUCUGAAUUUCUUGGAAGACGCUCUUGAAUCUGGAUUCAAAUUUGAGGACAGAACUAAGAACAACACUAGAGAACGAGUGCGGGGACAAUCCAAGGGUGGAGAUGGGCAGAUCGCAGUCCGGCUAUCGCAACUCAAGGAAACAAGUAACUGGCUAGACCAGCUGCAGAGCGAGGUGGAUAAAUCUGCAGAUGUUUUGGUGGAAACCAUUGAGCGACUGAAGCAGAAGACCUACUCGUGCCUACUUGGAACCGUCGAAACCGCGGCAUCUGCUCUUGAAAGUAGAGGUGGUUAUUGCUGAAAAGCUUCGUCAGAGCUGGCUUUAUAUGUUUUUGGAUUGGAGCCAACUGAGACUAUCUGUUCUACAGCAGACUGGACACGACAUGCCGCUUGGAAUGGGAUCAAAGAAGAAACUUAAAUUAUUUCGAUAGUACACAAGAUAACGUAGGAGCGAACAAUGAGAGGUGUAAAUAGCACAAUUUUCAGUUAAGUUAUUCGUUCAGUUUAUUCGCUUCUUACAUUGUGUCAUGUCCCUUGUGAAAUGGCAGUCUCUGCUGUUCUUCCUAUCUGGCCAAUUCUAAGGGGGUGCAGACCAUAUCAUCUCACAUUUGUAUAGCUGUGCUACGGUUUCAAUAGCAUGCCUGUCAUUGUGUAUAUGGUAACGCGUGUUACUUUGAAAUUUUUUA